GUAUCAUGGUUAUGAAAGCUUCGGUAGAAGAUGAUGAUUCAGGAUGGGAACUCGGUAUGCCUGACAAGAUGGAAAAGAGUAAUACAAGCUGGAUAGAUAUAACCCAGGAUUUUGAAGAAGCUUGUAGAGAACUGAAGUUAGGAGAACUGCUUCAUGACAAGCUUUUUGGUCUUUUUGAAGCCAUGUCUGCCAUUGAAAUGAUGGACCCCAAGAUGGAUGCUGGUAUGAUUGGAAACCAAGUUAAUAGAAAGGUUCUUAACUUUGAGCAAGCUAUUAAGGAUGGCACCAUUAAAAUAAAGGAUCUCACUUCACCUGAGCUGGUAGGAAUAAUGGAUACAUGUUUUUGUUGUUUGAUAACGUGGUUAGAGGGACAUUCCUUGGCACAGACGGUAUUCACUUGCCUUUAUAUUCAUAAUCCAGACUUCAUAGAAGAUCCUGCUAUGAAGGCUUUUGCUCUAGGGAUCCUAAAAAUCUGUGAUAUUGCCAGAGAAAAGGUUAACAAAGCAGCUGUUUUUGAGGAGGAAGAUUUUCAGUCAAUGACUUACGGGUUUAAAAUGGCCAACAGUGUGACAGAUCUUAGAGUUACAGGUAUGCUAAAAGAUGUAGAAGAUGACAUGCAAAGACGAGUGAAGAGCACUCGAAGUCGACAAGGAGAAGAGAGAGAUCCAGAAGUUGAACUUGAACAUCAACAGUGUUUAGCUGUGUUCAGCAGAGUCAAGUUUACCCGGGUAUUACUGACUGUUCUAAUAGCAUUUACCAAAAAAGAGACGAGUGCAGUUGCAGAAGCUCAGAAGCUAAUGACUCAGGCAGCUGACUUGCUUUCUGCCAUCCACAAUUCAUUGCAUCAUGGUAUCCAGGCACAGAAUGAUACCACUAAAGGAGAUCAUCCUAUUAUGAUGGGCUUUGAGCCCCUUGUUAACCAGAGAUUGCUGCCACCAACUUUUCCUCGAUACGCAAAAAUAAUUAAAAGGGAAGAAAUGGUCAAUUAUUUUUCCAAACUAAUAGACCGAAUAAAAACUGUAUGUGAAGUAGUCAACUUAACUAAUUUGCACUGUAUACUGGAUUUUUUCUGUGAGUUUAGUGAGCAAUCACCAUGUGUUCUUUCAAGAUCCCUGUUACAGACAACUUUUCUGGUAGAUAAUAAGAAGGUAUUUGGCACUCACCUCAUGCAAGACAUGGUAAAAGAUGCUUUAAGGUCUUUUGUCAGUCCUCCAGUACUUUCUCCAAAGUGUUGUCUUUAUAAUAAUCACCAGGCGAAGGACUACAUUGAUUCCUUUGUGACACAUUGCGUUCGGCCAUUCUGUAGCCUGAUUCAAAUCCAUGGACACAAUAGAGCUCGCCAGAGAGAUAAACUGGGUCACAUUCUUGAGGAAUUUGCCACCCUCCAGGAUGAGGCAGAGAAAGUAGAUGCAGCCCUUCAUAGUAUGUUACUGAAGCAGGAACCACAAAGGCAACAUUUGGCUUGCUUGGGCACCUGGGUCCUAUAUCAUAACCUUCGUAUUAUGAUACAGUAUCUUCUGAGUGGCUUUGAGUUGGAACUUUACAGUAUGCAUGAAUAUUACUACAUAUAUUGGUAUCUAUCAGAGUUCCUCUAUGCCUGGUUGAUGUCAACACUGAGCCGCGCUGACAGCUCUCAAAUGGCAGAGGAGAGAAUAAUGGAGGAACAACAGAAAGGCCGUAGUAGUAAGAAAACAAAGAAAAAGAAAAAAGUUCGCCCUCUCAGCAGAGAGAUCACCAUGAGUCAAGCAUACCAAAAUAUGUGUGCUGGGAUGUACAAGACAAUGAUCGCAUUUGACAUGGAUGGCAAAGUAAGAAAACCGAAGUUUGAACUGGAUAGUGAACAAGUUCGAUAUGAGCACAGGUUUGCUCCAUUCAACAGUGUUAUCACACCACCCCCAGUGCACUACUUGCAGUUUAAAGAAAUGUCUGAUUUAAAUAAAUACAGCCCACCUCCUCAGUCAUCAGAUCUCUACAUGGCAGCUAGCAAACACUUCCAGCAAGCUAAAAUGAUUCUUGAGAAUAUUCCUAAUCCAGACUAUGAGGUCAAUCGAAUUCUAAAAGUUGCUAAACCCAAUAUUGUGGUCAUGAAGCUGCUGGCAGGAGGCCACAAAAAAGACUCUAAGGUUCCUCCAGAAUUUGACUUCUCCCCUCAUAAAUAUUUUCCAGUUGUGAAGCUUGUUUGAAAGACAAGAGAUUAUUGUUAGGAUACCUGAAGCAUAAUCUGUGUAUCAGGUACCAGCUGUAGGAUGGAAUAUCUAGUGCUGUACCCAGACUGAGAGGGAUCUCUAGGAUAAAAGUACUGUUAUGUGGAAUAUCUAUAGUCCAUCUUCUUUACGUGAUCUUAAUGACAACUGCUGUUUUAAAGUGGUUUGUAUAAAGUUUUACAGGUGAAGCUGAUUUUAAUCAACUGUAUUGUUGGAAGAAUGCUGUACCUUAAUUGAUUUUAUUACAGAUUUAAUCAUCAAUCAUUUUUAUGAAUGAGCUCUGACAGAAAAUGGUGGUCUAGGUAUUAUAAUAACAUUUGGGACUGAAUAAAAAUAAUGCAGUCGAGCCUCGUGUCUGACAAU